AUGCGAACAAGAUUGGAUCCAGUCUUUUCAGAAUAUGUGUUAGAAUUAGGCAACGGAAUGCCACGAAUCACAGUUGAUGAAAUUAUAAAAAUUCCUGAUGGCAUGCUUGUUCCUUAUGAAGAUGACUGUACUUCUUUGGAUCAUUUAAUAGAUACUGUUUUCCAUGAUAUUCAUGAAUAUUUAAUAAAUAUUUUAGUUAUGAUGAAUCGGGCCAUAUUAACACCAAAGAACAGUUAUGUUGAUGAAAUAAAUGCAUUACUAAUUCAUAGAUUUCCUGGUGAGCUUAAACGAUAUUAUAGCUUUGAUGAAGCAAUAGAUGCAUCUGAACAAUUAAUUAUGGAGGAUUUUUUAAAUAUUCUAACCCCAAAUGGACUUCCUCCUUAUGAAUUGUUACUGAAGAUAAACUGUUCUAUCAUGCUGCUUAGAAACAUUAAUCCUUCAGAAGGACUAUGCAACGGAACACGUCUAAUUUGUCGGGAUUUUGAUCGAAAUGUCAUUGAUGCAGAAAUCGCAGUUGAGCACCAUAGCGGAAAAAAAGUCUUUAUUCCAAGGAUUCCAUUCUUACCAAAUGUUGAUGAAAAUGCUUUCAAGGUGCGGACGGUUUAUACAUUGAUAAAAGAUAUUACUCCAAGUACAAGAGAUUGGAAAAUCAAAAUGAUUGUGGCAAAGAAGUCACCCAAACGAACAUGCCAAUGCUCACCAGUGAAGUACCAAAGCCUAACAUUGAUUGAUCCAGAGGGAAAUCGGCUGCAAACUACGAUAUUUGAUAAGGAUAUUGACUUGCGACAAGAUACUUUGUACAUUUUCCAAUCAGUAAUGCAUAUAUGA